AUGGCAUCCACCGUAACAGAAGGCAAGAUCCCAUUCACCGUUGGAGACGAAACCUUCGAAACCUAUUUCAAGGUUACUGGCGACGUUCAGCAGGCCGAGAACGGACCCGUGGUAGUCCUGCACGGUGGUCCAGGGAUCUCCCAUGACUACCUGUUGCCGAUUGCCGAUCUUGUCACCACCCAUAGUCCCAACGCAGUCAUCUUCUACGACCAGCUUGGCAGCGGUCGUUCAACACAUCUCCAGUCGAAGGACACGUCGUUCUGGACCAUUGACCUCUUUAUCGACGAACUCGAAAACUUGCUCUCUCAUUUCGGAAUCGCCGAUAAAUUCAACUUGAUCGCACACUCAUGGGGCGGUACUUUGGCCUCAGAGUUCGUGGUUCGUCGGCAACCGAAAGGCUUGCGUCGGUUGGUCCUCAUGGACUGCCUUGCGAGCGCGAAGCUGAGGAAUGAAGCCAUCGGUCGGUUGAGAAAGAAGCUGCCAGAAGAAGUCCAGUCGACGCUUGCAAAGCACGAAACGGAGGGGACGACCAAGUGCGACGAGUACAAAGCCAAUAUGCUGGUCUUCUGGGAGACCUUCGCUUGUCGCAUCAAACCAUUCCCACAAGAAGUCACGUACUCUCUAGGUCAACCCGAGAUUGACCCAACCGUCCUCGACGCGAUGCGCAAUGGCGAAACGGGACUCGCAACCCAAUGGGAUAUCACUGACAGAAUCCACUUGAUGCGCCAUGUACCAACCUUGAUCAUAAACGGAGAACACGACUACAUGACCGACGAGGUGUGCGCGCCAUUUUACUGGGGAAUCGACAAGGUGAAAUGGGUGAAAUUUGCGCAGUCCAGCCAUAUGCCACACUGGGAGGAGCGGGAGAGGUACAUGCAAGUCGUCGGCGACUUUUUGGCUCAUCCAUAG